ACAUUACCAAAUGAGGAGAAAAGGAAGAUGUCAUCGAGUAUCGUCAGCAAGGCAUUCUUCUUCCCCAUGCAGUAUUAAACACUCCCCCACUCGAGAGACCUUGACAUACGCUCAAGCUCAAAGAAUGGUUGAAAUAGAAAUUGAAGGUCGCCUGCAUCGGAUCAGUAUCUUUGAUCCUUUAGAGAUUAUAUUAGAAGAUGAUCUUACAGCCCAGGAAAUGAGUGAAUGCAACAGCAAUAAAGAAAAUAGUGAAAGACCUCCAGUCUGUCUGAGAAGCAAGCGGCAUAAAAAUAACAAAGUGAAAAAGAAAUUUCCGAGCUCACAUGGUAUACCUGCUACGACAGCUCCUCUUCCAGAACCCAAAGUACGGAUUGUUGAGUACAGUCCCCCUUCAGCUCCUCGGAGACCUCCGGUGUAUUACAAAUUCGUUGAGAAGUCAGCAGAAGAGCUUGAUAACGAGGUGGAGUAUGACAUGGAUGAAGAAGAUUACGCGUGGUUAGAGAUCAUCAACGAGAAGCGGAAAAGCGACGGGGUGUCGGUCGUGUCGCAAAACAUGUUUGAGUUCCUUAUGGAUAGGUUUGAAAAGGAGUCUUAUUGUGAGAACCAAAAACAGGGUGACCACCAGUCUUUGAUCGAUGAAGAUGCGGUGUGUUGUAUAUGCAUGGAUGGCGAAUGCCAGAACAGCAACGUCAUCCUCUUCUGCGAUAUGUGUAACUUAGCUGUCCACCAGGAAUGCUACGGGGUGCCAUAUAUACCUGAGGGCCAGUGGCUCUGCAGGCACUGCCUGCAGUCCCGCUCACGGCCCGUAGACUGUGUCCUGUGCCCAAACAAGGGAGGUGCCUUCAAAAAGACUGACGACGAUCGUUGGGGACACGUUGUUUGUGCUUUGUGGAUUCCAGAAGUUGGAUUUGCCAAUACUGUUUUUAUUGAGCCAAUUGACGGUGUCAGGAACAUUCCCCCAGCCAGAUGGAAGUUAACGUGCUACCUCUGUAAACAGAAAGGUGUUGGUGCCUGCAUCCAGUGCCACAAAGCAAACUGCUAUACUGCAUUCCACGUGACGUGUGCUCAAAAAGCUGGUCUGUACAUGAAAAUGGAACCUGUGAAAGAACUAACUGGCAGUGGGACGACGUUCUCUGUAAAAAAGACUGCCUACUGCGAUGUACAUACUCCACCGGGUUGCACGCGGAGACCUCUCAAUAUUUAUGGAGAAGCUGAAAUCAAAAACGGUGUUUGUAGAAAGGAGGGAUCAGUCAGAACUGCUAGGUCUACAUCAAAAGUCAGAAAAAAGACCAAAAAAGCCAAGAAAACGGUGGUUGAACCCUGUACAGUUAUGCCAACGGUAUCUGCUCCUUAUAUCCCCCCCCAGAGAUUAAAUAAGAUUAUGAAUCAGGUGGCCAUUCAACGGAAGAAGCAAUUUGUUGAACGAGUUCACAGUUACUGGUUGCUUAAAAGACUGUCUAGGAAUGGUGUUCCUCUGUUGAGAAGGCUGCAGUCCAGUUUACAGUCACAAAGAAACACGCAACAG